AACUUUGUCCCAAAAAUUUAUUAUAGAGCGAACCAAUCAAACACUAGUUCAAUGUCUCUUUCGUUGAUUUCUGGUUCGAUUCAUAUCUGCGCUGAGCUUCGUCUCCGUCAAUCUCCGUCGUGUUUAACAAUCUCUUCUUCGCGGCCAAAAUUUCUCUCUUCCCGUAGUAAGCAGUUCUCUCUCGACCAUUUUCCUCAGAUCUCACGUCCGAUCAAAGUCAUCGCGAGAAGCGCCAUGGAGACGACGGCGGAGACAAUUACCGGCGGUGUUCCCAACAACACGAUGAAGUUAUUGUUCGUUGAGAUGGGUGUCGGUUACGAUCAGCACGGGCAAGAUGUGACAUCUGCGGCGAUGAAGGCUUGUAAGAAUGCAAUUUCUUCGAAUUCGAUUCCUGCUUUUAGGAGGGGUUCGAUUCCUGGAGUUUCAUUUGGAGAAAUGAAGUUGCAGAUUAAGCUUGGAGUGCCUCAUUCUCUUCACCAGCAGCUGGAUUUGGACAAGGUUAAGUCUAUCUUCCCAUAUGGGAAGAUUGUGAAUGUAGAGGUGGUGGAUGGAGGACUGAUUUGCUCAAGCGGUGUUCUAGUCGAAGAAAUGGGUGAUACAAAUGAAGAUUGCUACAUAGUGAAUGUCGCAGUCUAUGUCGGUUACUAGUCUAUCGUUCUUGUAUGGUCGACUCGACGCCGGGUUUAACAAUGUCACCCUCGUCGAUAGAAGAGAAAAACAAAAACAAAUGCAGUCACUUUUAGUUGUAUAUUUUGAUUUCAGAACCAUUUUGGUUUGUAGGCGUGCAGCGUUUGGUGCGGUCUAGAAAUAAUCACGUUUGCCUCAAAUCUCUAAAGUCCGCGGGAAAGUUUUCCCUCCUUAAACCUAGAAAUAGCUCUUAAGCAUAAGCAAAACAUACAUGUGAAACAAAAAAAAAAAAUGCAGAGGAAAAUGAAAGGGAAAAAGAAAAACAUUGGUUCGAUUUUCGAAGAUUGCAAUGUAUCUGCGUCUCAGGAGAUUUAUCUACAGCGAUGCGGUUUUGCCGUACCAGGUCAACCACCUCCAGAUUCCGAUCCCUCCGUCGGAGUCUCACCGCCACCGUUAAACGACGGAAUUCCAUAUCAGCGUUCAUCCGGUGAUUCGGAUACGGAUAAGGAUAGUGUAAUCGGCUCGGGUAACGAUGCGGUGGAGAGUCAGGCGAUUCGAUGCGUCACUCCGGAGGAAAGCGUGGACACCGUUGAUUUAGAGGAAGAUGUUGCAGAUCCGACGGUUGAGGUUUCGGCGGAGAAGCAGAGUGAUGUUCCUCUGGAAUCUGCAGCGAAGAAGGAAGGUGGAGGAAAGAAACUUAAGAUUCCUUUAAGGGAAGUUGUGAAAGCCAUAGUUAUGAAUUCGAGAAACACAGAGGAAGAAGAAGACAAAGAGAUUGAGAAGAUGAGCUGUGUGCAAAUCCUCUUGCAAAAGGGAUUCAAAUUUUAAGGUGAUUUCACUUGAAAUUUUCAUGAUUUUUGGUUCUUCAUGUUGGCUUUUUGUGUUUUAUCUAGGGUUCUUCAAGGUCAAAUUUUCUGUGAUAGUAGACGAAUAUGGGAUUGUAAAUGGUGUUGUUAUUAGUACAA